CUCAAUCAAUAUCGUUGUCGUAUAUUCGUUAAUCAUGCAGCUAAUAAGUUUAGUUUUAUUAAGCAGGCGUUCAUGGCUCUGCUGGUUUUGUGUACGUCAGUAGCAGACGCUCUGAUAAGGGGCGUGGUCACGUCGUUUGAUUGACCCGCCCGCUGGACGCUGAUUGGCGUCCGCGCCUGUCAAUCAUCACUGAGGUUGCGCCCCGUUAUCAAGGCAGAUUAUGAAGCAGCAGGGUUCAGCAUCAUCUCUGACAGACUCAUCUGGAUGGAUACAUGGCAUCAACGUGGCGCCCAAUGUCUCUUGCAUUAUUUUAUUUUGUCUUCCUGCAGAUAUCCUCGUCUUAUGAGCAGCUGUCUGCCUUUGUGGAAGGAAGCUCAGAUGAUGCACCAUCCCAAGACAUCAGAGUCCAACAAAAUGGGGUGGACGCUGAUGGCUCGGUGUUUGCGGCUGAAGCUCUGCAGCCGUACGGAUGGCAGCUUCACGCUCCUCCACGCAGGAAGUUGCUUCAGUCUCCAGGAAUGUUGCUUUAUUCUCCUCUGAGUGUUUCAUACAACGGCAAGACCUGCAUCCUCUUCAGGGCCCGCAAACUGGCCAUCAGGUACAGAAAUCACAGUUUGGUGGACCUCACAGAGAGAACCUUCAGCCCAGAUGCACCGGUGGACACCAAAGGCUCCUUCUGCAGCAAAGACAAAGCCAUACUCAAUCUACGUUUUGGCGACGUGGAAGAUCUAAGAGGCCUCUCUAUCAGGCUACAGAUGUCAAACACAUUCUAUGAGUCUGCGGGACAGAACUGGUUCACUCUGGAUAAUGUUUUCAUCCAUUACAACUGGACGCACGAGGCCGUGUUCAACGCUACAGAUGUGUACGCGCCCUCCACCAACUCCUAUCACUGCCAGCACGUCAGUAGCCUGCAGAAGUACGACACGCUGCUGGUACCCAGCGCCAACACUGACCACGCCGCAAGCUGGCACAUAACCUUCACCGACUUCCAGAUCCAGGCGUUUAACGUUCAGUCCAGUAAGUUUGCGGCGGCCAGUGACUGCGCGACCUUCUUCACUCCUGCCAUCCUGAUGGGUCUGAUCACAUCUCUGAUCCUGCUGCUGGUGCUGGCCUACGCGCUGCACAUGGUGGUUCACCUGAAGCACAUCGACCGCUACGAAGAGCACAAGACCACCGUCUACUUCCCUCGCAGCACAGAAGCAGAGAGCACAGAGAAGAACAACCUCUAGAGAGAGACGGACACUUCUGUGACUGUGAGCUCUGGAGACCGGACGGGAAGAAAACUCCCAUCUGAGCAGAGAACCAGAGCCGUUUGGGACUGACUGCACCACGGCAGUGACAUCAUUGUGGUGGGACAGUGGAAGUCCGAAUCAGGCUCCUUCAGGAGCUCGGCACACCGGAGGAUUGGGAGAUAUCAGCCAGUUCUCACCAAAAAUCAAGGAAUUAAACAUUCAGUGUCAGAUUUUCACGAGCGGAAGGAUAUGUUUCAGAUGUUUCAAUGUGAUUUGAAAUAGCACAAUAAUCAUUAUAUCUUGCAUUGUCUGUCUUACGGCUGUUUGACUGCUAAGACCAGAUUUAACUUCAAUACUGAUGUUUCUUUGAAGUCAACAUGAAAUGGUGUUUCGCAAGCAAUUUACAGUUGUAAUUUUACAUAUUUGUGAAUAAAACAUCUUGAUUUUCAUCUGGAACUGAUUGGAUGGUAUUACGGGAUCUCUUUACUGCUACAGAAUUAAAAAUAUUAAAAAGGUAAUUGCGACUUUUUAUCUCACAAUUCAGAUUUUAUAUCUCGUUAUUCCGAGAGCAAAAGUCCAAAUUUCGAGAUAUAAAUAUAAAAGGUUGCAUCUAGCAAAUUUUGAAGUUUUUUUCUCUAAUAAUUCAGAUUUUUUUCGGAAUUCUGAGUUCAUAUCUUGCAAUUAUGUUUAUCCAUCAAUUGUAUAUAUCGCAUAAUUAUGUU